AUGUCACAUCACAGAGGCAGGGUCCCUCCUCUUGGGCACUGCUGUCAGUCCCUGAGCAUGGGAUCUCAGGAGACUGGCAGCUUGCGAUUCUCCGUGCCGCCUUCUAUCAGCUGCAGGAAUCCAGCCAUGGUGAACGAAGCCAGAGGGAGCUGCUCAGAGGGCAGCAGUAGUGGCAGCGAGGGCUCUAAAGACAGUUCCAGGUGCCCCACUCCUGUCCUGGAUGCUGAGCGCCAUGAGCGACUCCGGGAGAAGAUGCGUCGGAGGAUGGAAUCUGGAGAUAAGUGGUUCUCCUUGGAAUUUUUCCCUCCUCGAACUGCUCAGGGAGCAGUUAAUCUCAUCUCUAGGUUUGACCGAAUGGGGGCAGGUGGCCCCCUCUUUGUGGACGUAACCUGGCACCCGGCAGGGGAUCCUGGCUCAGACAAGGAGACCUCAUCCAUGAUUAUCGCCAACACAGCUGUAGACUAUUGUGGCCUGGAGACUGUCCUGCAUAUGACCUGCUGUCAACAGACUCGAGACGAGAUCACCAGCCAUCUUCACAAGGCCAAGCGGCUGGGCCUAAAAAAUAUCUUGGCAUUGAGAGGAGACCCCACCGGUGAUGAGUGGGAAGAAGAAGAAAAUGGCUUCAGUCAUGCAGUGGACCUGGUAAAACAUAUCCGCAGUGAGUUUGGGGACUACUUUGACAUCUGUGUGGCAGGUUACCCCAAGGGCCACCCCGAGGCGACAAGCUUUGAAGAGGAUGUGCAGUACCUAAAGGAGAAGGUGUCUGCAGGGGCUGACUUCAUCAUCACACAGCUCUUCUUCCAGGCGGACACCUUUUUCAAUUUUGUCAAAGCCUGCACAGCCAUAGGCAUCACAUGUCCCAUCCUUCCAGGAAUCUUCCCUAUCCAGGGUUACCACUCCCUGCGGCAAUUGGUGAAGCUGUCCAAGCUAGAAGUGCCGCAGGAAAUCAAAGAUGUGAUUGAGUCAAUCAAGGACAAUGAUGCUGCAAUCCGAAACUAUGGAAUUGAACUGGCCGUGACCAUGUGCCAGGAGCUGCUGGCUAGUGGCUUGGUACCCGGCCUCCACUUCUACACCCUCAAUCGGGAGGUGGCCACUAUGGAGGUGCUGAAGAGACUGGGCAUGUGGAACGAAGAUCCCAGGCGUCCUCUGCCAUGGGCUGUCAGUGCCCAUCCCAAACGCCGAGUAGAGGAUGUCCGACCCAUCUUCUGGGCCUCCAGACCAAAAAGUUACAUUUACCGGACUCAGGCAUGGGAUGAAUUUCCCAAUGGUCGUUGGGGGAACUCCUCAUCCCCAGCAUUUGGUGAGCUGAAGGACUAUUACCUCUUCUGCCUGAAGAGCAAGUCCCCCAGGACAGAGCUGCUGAAGAUGUGGGGAGAAGAGCUGACCAGUGAAGAAAGUGUCUUUGAAGUGUUCACCUACUACCUCUCUGGAGAACCAAAUCAGAAUGGUUACAAAGUGACCUGUUUACCUUGGAAUGAUGAACCCCUAGCAGCUGAGACUAGCCUGAUGAAAGAGGAGUUGCUGAAGGUGAACCAGCGAGGUAUCCUCACUAUCAAUUCCCAGCCCAAUAUCAACGGGAAGCCAUCCACCGACCCCAUUGUGGGCUGGGGCCCCAGUGGCGGCUACGUCUUCCAGAAGGCCUAUCUGGAGUUCUUUACCUCAAGUGAGACAGUGGAGGCUCUUCUCCAGGUGCUGAAGAAGUACGAGCUCCGUGUCAACUACCACAUUGUCAAUGUUAAGGGCGAAAACGUCACCAAUGCCCCUGAGCUUCAGCCCAAUGCCGUGACAUGGGGUAUCUUCCCCGGGCGAGAGAUCAUCCAACCCACGGUGGUGGAUCCUGUCAGUUUCAUGUUUUGGAAGGAUGAGGCCUUUGCCCUAUGGAUUGAGCAGUGGGGCAAGCUGUAUGAAGAAGAAUCCCCGUCUCGAAUGAUCAUCCAGUAUAUCCAUGACAAUUACCAUCUGGUCAACCUAGUGGACAAUGAGUUCCCCUUGGACAACUGUUUGUGGCAGGUCCUAGAAGAUACCUUUGAGCUCCUCAGCAGUGCAGUCCAGUAGUGAAAGACCCCAUCCUCAGCCUGGCUGCUGGGCUACCUGGGUAUCCUUCCCUUUCUGUCUUCCCCUGUGUUCUUCUCCGUCCCAUUCCAUUACACCUGCCCUGGCUCUCGCUGCCACCUCCCCUAGUGAUGGCAGCUAGACUGGUUUCUGACCUCUUUGCUUAGAGUCGACCAGAGUCUAUUCUGUACUUGAGGCUUGUGGGACCUUUCUCACACUACAGUUAUGCUAUUUUCCCCUUUUAUUGGGGAGUAACUCCAUCUUGCAACAAUGUAAUGGCCAUCCAGUGCCACCUUUCAGUUCUCCUGGUGAGGGAAGGGCAACCGGGAGAGUGCCUGGUCAGCCAGCUAGGCCUUCCAAAGACACUGCCCACCUAUUCUCUUUUCUGGGUCAUGUGUGGAUGUUUAGGUAUAACCAGAUGAAACCAGAAAUGUCCGCUGCAUUUGGAGAAGUUCGGCUAGACACAUGGAUCCUGGACUUUGGGAUCCUUUUGGCUCAGGGACCUUUACCUAGUUCUUGCCUCAGUUUUCCCAUCUAUGAAGGAGAGGCAAGCAUGAAACUCAUCUGCCCUCUGAGCAGGAAGAGCCAGGCAAACACACAGCCCUUGGGCUGUCAAACAGCCAUGCAGAGAGUUCUUGCCCUCUAUCCACUAUGUUGGUUUCUCUCUUCUAUCCUAUGCUCCUUUGUUUCCAUAGAUUCUGGAUUUGAAAGAAAAUGCCUUACAGGGUUUAAAGCAGAAAUGGUCUCAGCGGGGGUCCCUGCCCUCACUUUCCUCUUUAUGGGUCAUGUGGGUGGGGGUAGGGAGCAGGAACCUAUGACCCUUGAGGGCAAAGCGGUCAGUCACAUUGUUGGAACAGUCUCAGGCCCCUUACUUCCACUUUCAGUGCUGGGCCUGCCUGCAUUCUUAUAGGGAGAUGUUUGACCAGGGCUGCCUGGCAUUUGCUGCUUUUUCUUAUACCUCUUCAUACUCACCCAAGCUCAAGUCUAACCUGCUCCAUUUUCCUUCCUCCCCUAAAAAUUUUUGUCUCUUGUGUGAAUGAAUGUCAGUAACUAGCACUUUCCACAUUUGGGUCAGUCUUGCAAUCUGGCAGGCUCAGGGUUAAGGGAAAGGCCUGUCUCUGUCCUCCCCACCCCCAGGCUCCCCUUGUGGAGCUGAGAUCAGCGGUCUUGGAGCCUCUGCUGGGUCAGCAGGAAGAAAAUCUUGUUAUGGGGGAUAGACAGAAGGCAACAGAUAGAACAGAGGCAACAAAUAGAAAUGGGAGCCAUUUUGGCUGACCCCAAAUAACUGACCCUAACUCCAGCCAGCACUGCCUAUUUCUUGGAGGUAGGAGGCUCCCCAAAUCAGAAUUGGGGACUCUGGCAGCCAUUUUAGGCCACUUGCCUGAACAGAAUGCUCCUUUGAGUGUCCUGGUGCUUCUUCUUCCUCCAGCCUCUGCUUAAUGACUCAACUACCUAGAAGUCACCACUCUGGGCUGCCCAGUCAAUUUGAAAGCCUCCAACUGGGAUUUUCUUUAUAGGGAAUUUAAAUCUAUCCCUGGGUUGCUUUUGAUGCUCUUAGUUUUCAACUCCCUCCAAAUAAGCACUAUGUAGCCAUUAUGUUCCCAAUCCCCAAGUUUUCAUUUUUUUUUCUAUAGGUCAUCACAUGACAAGUUUCUGGUCCCCUCACCCUCCUGGUCACCCUCCAGUUAAGUGUCAGUUGUAAAAUGUAGACCUCAGGACUGAAACACAAUGCUCCAUAUUUGGCCCACAGUAGGUCAGGCCCUCUGUAAAAACAAAACCAAAAAGAAGGCAGGGAAAGGAAUAAUAUUUUAUUGUCUCUGCCCUAACAGCUACUUUCCAUUAAAACAUUACCAGACA